CCAGCGCCUCCCCCCUUCCCCGCCUCCCUCCUCGCCGAGCGCAGCGCCCCGAGCAUGGAGCCUGCCUGAGACGCUCCCUGGGCUCCGGCAGCUGCUGCGGCGGCACAACAUGGAGGCAGCGGCGGCCCCGCCGCUCCCGCUGCUGCUCCUGCUGCGGCUCCUGGCCGCCUCCGUGCUGCGCUGCGAGCCGGGCUCGGCCGGGGCAUCUCCCUUUCUGCUUUUUGCCAACCGGCGGGAUGUUCGACUCGUGGAUGCUGGAGGCACGAAACUGGAGUCCACUGUGGUGGUCAGUGGUUUAGAGGAUGCUGCUGCGGUUGAUUUCCAGUAUUCACAAGGCAUCGUUUUCUGGACCGAUGUGAGUGAAGAAGCCAUCAAGCAAACUUACAUUAACCAAACUGGGAAUGUGGUGCAGAAUGUCAUCAUUUCUGGUCUGGUUUCCCCGGAUGGCCUGGCAUGUGAUUGGAUUGGGAAAAAACUUUACUGGACGGAUUCAGAAACCAAUAGAAUAGAAGUAGCUAAUCUCAAUGGAACAUCUAGAAAAGUCCUCUUCUGGCAAGACCUUGAUCAGCCCAGGGCAAUAGCUUUGGAUCCUGCUCAUGGAUACAUGUAUUGGACUGACUGGGGUGAAACACCCAGAAUAGAACGGGCAGGAAUGGACAGCAGCACACGAAAAAUAAUUGUCGAUUCAGAUAUUUAUUGGCCAAAUGGACUCACGAUAGAUCUUGAUGAGCAGAAACUUUACUGGGCUGAUGCAAAACUGAGUUUCAUUCAUAGGGCAAAUCUGGAUGGUUCCUUUAGACAAAAAGUUGUUGAAGGUAGUCUUACACAUCCGUUUGCACUGACAUUGUCUGGGGACACUUUGUACUGGACGGACUGGCAAACGCGCUCUAUUCAUGCCUGUAACAAAAGGACGGGAGAGAAAAGGAGAGAAAUAUUGUCUGCCUUAUAUUCACCGAUGGACAUCCAGGUCUUAAGUCCAGACCGGCAGCCUUACUUUCACACUCCCUGUGAAGAAAACAACGGUGGUUGCUCCCAUCUGUGCCUGCUGUCUCCAAGAGACCCCUUCUACAGCUGUGCCUGUCCCACUGGUGUGCAGCUAGAAGACGAUGGCAGGACAUGCAAAUCAGGUGCUGAAGAAGUCUUGCUGCUUGCUAGAAGGACUGACUUAAGGAGGAUUUCUCUGGACAUGCCGGAUUUCACUGACAUUAUUCUGCAGAUAGACAAUAUCAGACAUGCAAUUGCCAUAGACUAUGAUCCUGUGGAAGGCUACAUCUACUGGACUGAUGAUGAUGUCCGGGCAAUUCGUCGGGCCUACCUUGAUGGCUCUGGAGCACAGACUCUAGUAACCACAGAAAUCAACCAUCCAGAUGGUAUUGCUGUGGAUUGGGUGGCGAGAAACCUGUACUGGACCGAUACUGGAACAGACCGCAUUGAAGUGACCCGGUUGAAUGGGACAUCAAGAAAGAUCCUUAUCUCAGAAAACUUAGAUGAACCUCGAGCAAUAGUGCUCAAUCCUGUAAUGGGCUACAUGUAUUGGACAGACUGGGGUGAAAGUCCGAAGAUUGAAUGUGCUUAUUUGGAUGGCUCAGAAAGACGAGUUCUGGUGAAUACAUCCCUAGGUUGGCCUAAUGGCUUGGCACUGGAUCUUGAAAAAGACAAGCUUUACUGGGGAGAUGCAAAAACAGAUAAAAUUGAGGUCAUAAAUGUUGAUGGAACAAUGAGGAAAACCCUCCUAGAAGAUAAACUCCCACAUAUAUUUGGGUUCACACUGCUGGGAGAUUACAUCUACUGGACUGACUGGCAGAGACGAAGCAUUGAAAGAGUUCACAAGAUAAAGGCUAGCAGAGACAUCAUUAUUGAUCAGCUGCCAGAUUUAAUGGGGCUUAAAGCAACAAGUGUGACCCAAGUGUUUGGAACUAAUUCAUGUGCAGAGAACAACGGAGGCUGCAGCCAUCUGUGUUUCUUUACACCCCAGGAGACCAGGUGUGCCUGUCCCAUUGGCCUUGAGCUGUUGAGUGACAUGAAGACUUGCAUCAUUCCUGAAGCCUUCUUAGUUUUCACAAGCAGAGCAGCAAUUCAUAGGAUUUCCCUUGAAACCAAUAAUAAUGAUGUUGCUAUUCCUCUUACUGGAGUCAAGGAAGCAUCUGCUCUGGAUUUUGAUGUCUCUGAUAACAGAAUCUAUUGGACUGAUGUUAGUUUGAAGACCAUAAGCCGAGCUUUCAUGAAUGGGAGCUCAGUAGAACAUGUGAUUGAGUUUGGGCUAGAUUAUCCUGAGGGAAUGGCUGUAGACUGGAUGGGAAAGAACCUCUACUGGGCAGAUACGGGAACCAAUCGCAUUGAAGUAGCCCGCCUGGAUGGACAGUAUAGGCAGGUCCUUGUGUGGAAGGACUUGGACAACCCAAGGUCUCUGGCUCUUGAUCCUACCAAAGGAUACAUGUACUGGACUGAAUGGGGAGGUAAACCUAGGAUUGUUCGAGCGUAUAUGGAUGGAACAAACAGCAUCACUUUGGUGGAUAAAGUGGGUCGUGCCAAUGACCUCACUAUUGAUUAUGCAGACCAAAGACUAUAUUGGACUGACUUAGACACAAGCAUGAUUGAGUCAUCAAAUAUGCUAGGACAAGAACGAGAAAUCAUAGCAGAUGAUCUACCUCAUCCAUUUGGAUUAACCCAAUACAGUGACUACAUCUACUGGACAGACUGGAAUCUUCACAGCAUAGAAAGAGCAGACAAGACUAGUGGGAAGAACAGGACACUUAUUCAGGGCCAUCUGGAUUUUGUGAUGGAUAUAUUGGUCUUCCAUUCUUCACGUCAGGAUGGCCUGAAUGAUUGUGUGCAAAAUAAUGGCCACUGUGGUCACUUGUGCCUUGCCAUACCAAACGGAUUUAGGUGCGGCUGUGCUGCUCAUUAUACCUUGGAUCCCAACAGCAGGAACUGUAGUUCCCCUGCCAGCUUCCUGUUGUUUAGCCAGAAAUCUGCAAUCAGCCGGAUGAUACCAGAUGAUCAGCAAAGUCCAGAUAUCAUCCUGCCUAUGCAUGGUCUAAGGAAUGUCAAGUCUAUUGAUUAUGAUCCCUUAGAUAAAUUUAUCUACUGGGUGGAUGGACGUCAGAAUAUUAUCAAAAGAGCAAAAGAUGAUGGCACUCAGCCUUUCACUGUCAUGAGUACUCCCAACCAAAGCCAGAACCCAGAGAAGCAGCCACAUGACCUCAGCAUUGAUAUAUACAGCCAUACUUUGUACUGGACCUGUGAGGCCACAAAUUCAGUCAAUGUCCACAGGCUGAACGGCGAGUCAAUUGGGAUGGUGCUGCGAGGGGAUCAUGACAAGCCCAGAGCCAUUGUAGUGAAUGCAGAGCGAGGGUACAUGUACUUCACCAACAUGCAAGAGCGAGCUCCCAAGAUUGAGCGUGCAGCCCUUGAUGGCACAGAGAGAGAAGUGCUUUUUACAACUGGCUUGAUCCGUCCUGUAGCACUGGUGAUUGACAACAAACUUGGAAAGCUUUUCUGGGUGGAUGCAGAUCUGAAGCGCAUCGAAAGCUGUGACUUGUCAGGUGCUAACCGCGUGACCCUGGAGGACUCUAACAUCCUUCAGCCAAUGGGACUCACUGUACUGGGGAAUCACUUGUAUUGGAUUGAUCGUCAGCAACAGAUGAUUGAGAGAGUGGAGAAAAUGAACGGGUACAAAAGGACUAGAAUUCAAGGCCGAAUUGCUCACCUAACAGGCAUUCAUGCUGUGGAAGAGCUUGAUAUGGAGGAAUUCUCUGUGCAUCCAUGUUCCCGUAACAAUGGUGGGUGUUCGCACAUCUGCAUUGCCAAAGGGGAUGGGACUCCAAGGUGUUCAUGCCCUGAGCACCUUGUGCUUCUACAGAAUCUCUUAACAUGUGGAGAACCUCCAACUUGUUCCCCAGACCAGUUUACCUGUGCAACUGGAGAGAUUGACUGUAUCCCAAUGGCAUGGCGGUGUGAUGGAUUUCCAGAGUGUGAUGACCAGAGUGAUGAAGAUAAUUGCCCCAUAUGCUCUGCAUCCCAGUUCCAAUGUGAGAAAGGACAGUGUAUUGAUGCACACUUGCGGUGUAAUGGAGAAAUUGACUGCCAAGAUAAAUCUGAUGAAGCGGAUUGUGAUACAAUUUGUCUACCCAAUCAGUUCCGAUGUGCAAGUGGACAGUGCAUUCUCCUGAAGCAACAGUGUGACUCCUUUCCAGAUUGCAUUGAUGGUUCUGAUGAACUUAUGUGUGAAAAAACAAAGCCAGCCUCAGAUGAGUCACAGCCACACAGUAGUGCCAUCGGUCCUGUCAUUGGUAUAAUACUGUCACUUUUUGUCAUGGGAGGAAUGUACUUUGUUUGCCAGCGAGUGGUGUGUCAGCGCUAUGCCGGGCCCAAUAGUCCUUUUCCACAUGAGUAUGUCAGUGGCACCCCUCAUGUCCCUCUUAAUUUUAUUGCUCCAGGAAGUUCUCAACAUGGCACUUUCACUGGCAUCUCUUGUGGAAAGUCCAUGAUUAGCUCCAUGAGUCUCAUGGGAGGAAGCAGUGGUGCCCCCUUAUAUGACAGAAACCAUGUUACUGGAGCCUCCUCGAGUAGCUCAUCCAGCACUAAAGCCACUUUCUACCCUCAGAUCUUGAACCCACCUCCUUCCCCAGCUACCGAUCGCUCCCUGUAUAACGCAGAGAUGUUUUAUUCCUCAAACAUUCCUUCAACCACAAGAUCUUACAGGCCAUACCUUAUACGAGGGAUAGCUCCACCCACAACCCCAUGCAGCACAGAUGUCUGUGACAGUGACUAUACUACUAGCCGAUGGAAGACCAACAAAUACUACAUAGAUUUAAAUUCAGACUCAGACCCUUAUCCCCCUCCACCCACACCUCGCAGUCAAUACAUGUCAGCAGAAGAAAGUUGCCCUCCAUCUCCUGCCACGGAACGAAGCUAUUUUCACCUCUAUCCCCCUCCACCCUCUCCUUGUACAGACUCCUCAUGACCUCAACAGAAGGAACUUUUCCUGUAAAUAUUUUAAAAUAUGAACAGAUUUAAAAUAUAUAUUUUAUGAUUUAAAAUCAGGGUGGGAAUUAAAAAAAAGAAAUGUGAAUAAAAAUGGGUGGGAGGGAUGGGGCUGUGAAAAAUUGUACAGAGGAAAAUAUUUAUAAAAUUGAUUUUUUUAACUUAAUUUCCAUUCUUUUGUGCCAUAUUUGCCUUUUUGAAGUCAUGAAAAUGACUCAAUCUCCAAAGGAUUUGGGGAGGGAAUGUUGAGCCUUUUUGCAUUUUUAAGUCACCUUUUUACAUGCAAAGUGUAUGUAAUUAUUUUUACUAAUGUGAGACAAGAAAGCAAAGUGACUUGUGGGAGGAAGAGUCUAAAGAAAGAUGUAAGUUUAUUUGCAGAGAAGAAAAACACAUUUAAACAAAAUUGUCAGUACCUAAUCCCUUCACCACCACUGGGAGAAAACAUGCAAAGAUCUCAACCCUGAGAUGCUCCUGCUUGCAAGUGAGCCAAUGCUUCCCAGCAGAACUCAUAUGCCAAGACCUGGAUUUCAAACAUCCCUCUCCAUUUGCUUAGCAUUGAACUGGAAGAACACUUAAGCCAAACCUUCCAGCAUAACUAGGCCCACAGGUGUCAUGCCCUACCUCGCCACAGUGCCACUCUGCACAUGGCCAAUUCUGGAACUGAUUCGAGCUAAAAAAGAUAACCAGGCCUAAAAAAUCUUCGGUUAGCUCCAGUCAGUUCCCCACCUGGCUGGCUGAGUGGUGGCAGAAGCAGUUGUAUUGGCCUGUGGGUGAGAGCAAGGGGCAAGUUUAAAGUGGUAUUUAAGCUAAGAGAAUGCUUGACAAACUGCAGAUUUGGUCAAACUCACCAUUUUAAUUGUGAUGAAACCAAGCUCUUCAUCCUUCCUUGUGACGCUUUGAUGUCUGUCUGGGAAGAGGCUGUAAUAUUCAGCUGCUUCUCAAGACACAGCACUAGUUCUGUUUUUCCCAAAAGUCCAGUAAUUCACCGUGCCAGGUCUCUGAGAUGUUCACCUGUGUUGACUUGCUCAAAGAAUUGCUUCAUCUCUAAUCUUCAUUUUCCAAAGUGGAAUGAUACGGUCACUUGUAUUCUUUAAAUGAUGAGAGUUGGUUUUUAAUCGGUGUUUGUAGAAAAUGGUAUCUGCAUAGCUCAAAGCAAGAACAUCCACUAUUGAAAUGGUUUGGUCAUAUAUCAUAAAAAAUUGCCACAGAAUUAGCUCAGGUUUAGAAGUAGACAGAAAAAGCACAGGGGAGGAAGGAGAGGAGACAAAUACUUCUCUCUGAUUGUGAUGAAAUAAAAAAUAUAAGCUCAUACAAACUGCUGUAACCUAAGGACAUCAUGAUCAGCAAAAUGCUCAUGUUCCAACUCCUACCAAAAAGACCCUUCAGGAAUGGGGGAUAGAAUCAGUCCCUUUCAAAAUACAGAAGAUAAAAUUUUGAUUUGGUUGCUCUCUUGCUGUAACAAAAAGGACUGGGUAUUGUAUGGCACUUUAUAAAUUCAGCUCUGGUGAUGAUAAUGUGAGUGCCUACGUGGGACAUCUGAGGGAAGUUCUGAAUAUGCAGACUCGCACCUGUUUCAGCAGCUGCUGAAUAACAGAUGUGUUGGGCCUUUGACAGCCGUAAUAUUGGUGGCAACAAUGAAAACUUUUUUCUUGCUUGAACUUAAGUUGUACUUGGUUUUAGGCCUUUUUAGCAAGUUAUUUGAGAACCCUGCAACUCCAGGACAGAGGUCUUCAUGAUGGUGGAGGGGCUGGGACCACAGCGUUCUGAUCCAGUUUGUGUUUUCAGAUCAUUAGUCCAGAUGUGUUCUCCCUGUCUACAUUGUUAAAGGGUAGGAUCUGUGCUGUCACUGGUGUGUUACUAAAACUCUUAAAGUAGCUUUUACUACUUUCAUGUCUAAAUUUUCACUUUGAGCACAAAGAAGAUGCCCACCGUGUUUCGUGGAGAAAAAUACAGAAUUGGAGAAUACAACAUUGGAGUUUAAGAAUGGGUUCUUUCGCCAUCCCCUGUCAACAUUAGUAAUUCUAUAGUAUGCCAAGAAGGACAUGGUCAUAGUUUGUUAUUCUUGGAGUGACUUGGCAGAUCUCUGAACAAGUGCUAAUGAUUUGGUGAAAAAAAUAAUUCUCAUGUGAUCGUGUUUCAGUGAACUAAAUUAGGAAUAUAGAGCCACAGGAUAUUUUAUGUACCCCAUCGAUUAUAUAGAGGAGUACUUGUUCUGCAUUACAGCAGUUGGUAGUCCAAUUUCAUAUCAUAUGCAAACUUGUGCAUGAUAACUAUUCACCAUUUAUAAUGAAUUCCUUAGUUUAGUUGUUCUGUGUUACAGUUCUAGCUGAGAGACAUACUACAUUCAUUUUCCUAUAUUCCUGUGAUGACACUGGAUGCAAAAUUACAUUGAUUUUUUUUUUUCAUUAAACCACUGAUUUUUUUAAAGAGCCACAACUAUAACAAUCCUAACCACUUCAUCUGAAGA